UCUGGUGUGCUGCUCGGUCUUCAUGAAGGUAUUUGUUCUUUAACAAACAUCUGAGGCCUUCAAAGAUCAGAUCCAAACAGAUAAUCGGUGUUUUAUUUUGAAAAGACCCCCCCACUUCCUGUCAUCCUGUCAAGCUUGACUGAUGUGUCUGCACUCCUGGAGUCUACAGCCGCACUGAGGCGCAUCCUUCCGCAGCCUGUGCCACAGAGACCCGACCAGAUAUCCGCCUCAUUUGUGUUAUUGUCCUCCUGUCUGCAGGUUUGAGCAGAACAUCGAUAGAUCUGAUCCUUUCGCUGACAGGUCUGCAGGGGAAAGAAAAGAUAAAAAAUGGACCUACUUCCGGACCUGUGGAGGCAGGAGUACUGGCUUCCUCCUGGUGUGACCUGGAAAGACCUGGAGAAGCUGCCAGCCUCGGAGCGACCUCAUCCCAAAGAUCUCCUCAUCGCUUUGCCCCUGGCUCUGGGCUUUGUUGCAGUUCGUUGUGUGUUUGAGAGGUUUUUGGCCCCCCCUAUUGCCAGGUGUCUGGGGGUGAAGAACAAAGUGCAAACAAGCGCAGCCCCUUCCCCAACGCUGGAGUCCUUUUACACUCACAGGAGCAAGCAGCCCACACAGAGCGAACUUGUCAGUUUGAUGGCGUUAUGUGGAAAAACCCAGAGACAGAUCGAGAGCUGGUUUAGAAUCCGCAGGAACCAAGACCGACCCAGUCAAACCAAGAAGUUUGCUGAAGCUGCUUGGAGGUUCUUCUUCUACUUGUCAGCAUUCAUAGCUGGACUUGCCUCGUUAAUCAAUAGACCAUGGUUCUGGGAUCAUAGGGAAUGUUGGAGGCACUAUCCCAUUCAGCCCUUAGAGAGAGUUCAUUUCUGGUACUACAUGCUGGAGUUGGGUUUUUAUGGCUCUCUGCUCCUGCGGAUCUCUGUGGACGUUAAAAGGAAGGAUUUUAGGGAACAGGUGAUCCACCAUUUGGCGACUAUCUUCCUGCUGAGUUUCUCCUACUGUGCCAACUACAUCCGUAUCGGCACCCUGGUCAUGCUGCUUCAUGAUUCGUCUGACAUACUGUUAGAGUCUGCUAAGAUGUUCAACUACGGCACUGGCUGGAGGAAGACAUGUGACUCUCUGUUUGUUGUGUUUGCUGUGGUUUUCCUUGUGACUCGACUGGUGAUUUUCCCCAGCAGGAUCAUUCGUACCACCCUGCUUCUUUCCAUGGAGGUCUUUGAGCCUUUUGUUGGCUACUACUUUUUUAACGCCCUGCUGAUGGUGCUGCAAGCUCUUCAUAUAUUCUGGGCAGGCCUUAUCUUACGCAUGGUUUACAAGUUUUUUAAAGGCAAGCUGGAAAAAGAUGAACGCAGUGAUGAAGAGAGUGAAGUGGAUGUGGAAGAGGAGGACAGAGUGAAAGAAGAAAAGAUGGAUCAAGGAGGAGAUUGUUAUUGGGGAAAAAGUAAAGAAACUCUGAACUCCAAGCUAUCUGUGCUGACUAACAGUUGUGUCCUCAAUAACUUGAGCUACCACAGGGCCUCUGUGGCUAAAAGAACACUCAAAGCCCAGUAAACACUUAGUUGCCUAAUAUUAUAGUUUAUUUUCUAUCCAUUUAGCCCUCUAAGAUGCUUUUCAUCUAGUGUCGUAUGAUAAAUGUAGUUUCUUUUACAAUAACCCCUGUGCUUCAGUCUCUUGAUCUACACAGCAAGAAAUAGAGAUCUAAAUGAGUAAUUUUUUUCUUAAAAUAAGUGAAUUUCUUCUUGAAUUGAAGAUGUAAGG